CAAAACCCGACUUGUGGGGUAUCACCAGCUGAUUAAUUCAAUCUUUCUCGCCUACUAGAAGCGGCACGAGGAGCAUAAAAUCCCUAUAUAUAAAUAUUAAAGAGUUCGGGAUGUGUGUGUAUUUUAUGGCCAGAUAGCAUUUCUUAUGAUACAUGUCUUACAUCGUCAUCCUUAACUGAUACCCCCCUUCAGUCUUCCGGUAGCACGAGCUUCGUCAUCAUAGUCCGCAGCUGACUUACCUUCCCUUCUUGGUCAGAUACCUGGUUACCAUAGAUAAAAUACCCUAUGGCGCCAGCUGUAACAAUGGCUGACGUCCUGUCUUGCCCAUGUCCCGUCCUCCCCGACGUUACAGCCACCGCCAUCGAUUCGGAUGCCGCAGCCCGUAAUUUCAAGGCUCCCGAUAGCAUCCUAAUUAUCGGCGCCGGUGUCUUCGGUCUCAGCACCGCAUUCGCCCUAACCAAGCGUCCGGAAUUCGCCUCAACCUCGAUAACAGUUCUAGACCGAUCCCCCGAAACAGGUGUAUUCCCCGCCCGAGAUGCCUCUUCCGUCGACUCAUCGCGCAUUAUCCGUCCAGACUAUGCCGACCCCGCAUAUGCUGGUCUCGCGGCCAAGGCGCAAGCGCAUUGGCGCCAGACCUCUGGACCCGAUGCGCUCGGCGGCGAGGGUCGCUAUACUGAGAGCGGGUUCGUCCUAGCCGCCAACGACGGGCCCAUGGCACGGCCAGACGGCACGCUAACAGCCCUCGCGUAUGUCAAAACGAGCUGGGUGAACGCUCUAGCAUUAGCCCAACGCGAGGGUAGACCAUUAAAUUCCGUGCGCAUGAUGCAUUCGGCCUGGUCUGUUGCGAAGGUGACGGGUGCGGGUGAAUUCGCCGAUUGGGGAUAUCUCAACGAAGCAAGUGGGUGGGCUGAUGCCGAGGCUAGCAUGGAUUGGUAUUACAAACGAGUCGUUGCUACAGGGAGAGUGAAAUUUUUUAAUGGCACCGCCGAGAGUCUUGAGACGGAUGAUGCGACGAGGAGAGUCACGGGCGCGCGACUCAAAGAUGGAACUACGCUAUCGGCUGAUCUAGCAAUUGCAGCCGCGGGCGCCUGGACUCCCACAUUGGUUGAUCUUUCAUCGCAAGCUGUAGCUACAGGACAAGUUCUUGGAUACAUGGAUAUUACAGAAGAGGAGCAGAAAAAGCUAGAGAAAAUCCCCGUGAUGUUGAACUUAUCGACUGGGUUCUUCGUUAUCCCCCCUCGAAAUCGAGUUCUCAAGGUAGCGCGUCACGCAUACGGAUAUAUAAACCCCAAACCGUUAUCGAAAUCACCCUUAGGAGUUCCAGGAUCCGCGAAAGGACAACCAAAGCUUGUCUCUCAACCAUAUACGCACUUGGACGAUGCGAAUCUCUCCAUUCCACCAGAGAGUGAGAAGGAAUUGUUGGAAGGCUUACGGAAGAUAAUACCUUUGCCUGAGCUUAAGGAUAGAUCUUUCUCUCGAACACGUCUUUGUUGGUAUACGGACACUCCUACUGGCGAUUGGAUUGUAGAUUAUCACCCAUAUUGGCAAGGUCUAUUCGUUGCUACUGGUGGGAGUGGACAUGCCUUCAAGUUCCUACCAGUCAUUGGUGAUAGUGUGGUAGAUUGCAUCAUGGGUAAAUGUCCUGAACAGUUUCAGAAUAAAUGGAAAUGGAAGACCGUGGACAACAUUGAAAAAGCAAUAGUAACAGAAGACGGAAGUCGUGCGGGACAACAAGGUCUUAUUUUGGAAGAUGAACUUAAGAAACAUGCAAAUUAAUCGAGAAAAGAUUUGAGUUACAACAGAUUCAACAGCAUAUAUCACGAUACUAAAACCAAGUCACAGGCAAUGGGUCGGUAGAGGAUGUUCAUAAUGUGCAUAAAGCAACGAUGUAUGCUCUACCUAAGGAAUUACCUUAAGUUAUUAAUCAUCCGUCUGAUAUCUGAAUGCUUCGUAGGAACUAAAGUUCUUGUGAAUGCAAAAGGUUCAGACUUCGCCGACGCCUUGAGAUCGGAUGAUUAAGAACUUAGAGGCAUACAAUCAUGAUCACUAAUGAUCCUUUGGCCUAUGGAAUAAUUUCAUCUCAAAGGCACGCAUCAUCCAUUCCACCCUUCCACCGCGGAAAUGCCAAUACGUAUUUCCGCAUACCGCAUACCGCAACCUAGCCGACGCCCCUUCCGCCGACUAUGCAACCAUUCCCUCAAAGAGGUCGAAUUAAGGCGACACUUCGACCAGCGCGAAUGCCACCGGGAGUGUUUCAGUGCAAUCUAACCCACUCAAAUGGGUCUCAAAGGC